UAUACUUCCUAUCAGUUGUACAUCUCUCUGUUCCGCGCUGUGGGCUGUUCUCUCGCAAGUGCGCCCGGACUGCCCCGCAACAUAGGCUACUGCAUGAGUAAAUCUCUGCAGGUUGCUUGCUGAGGAUAAUUAUUAUACAGUGACUCCAAUACAUGGACUGACUCAGUUAUUUUGGAGACUUCGGAAACAUAAGAUAAUAAAAUAGAGACGUAUAUUUUUAUGCAUGGGCAUUAUCUAUACUUUACCCGCGAAAUAAAUGAUGUUCUUAUUUUUUAGUGCUUUUCUCGUCAGUCCGUUGACCUAUUGGAAAAACACAUACAUUUCGAAGAAGUGACGAGGAUUCAGAAUGCGUACUCUGUUCUUAACAGUUCUACUCGGAGCGGUCGGAGCUCUAGCCAAUAAGGAGGCCUGUAGCUCAGGUAAGUUCACCACCACUGGGGAGUGCUGCAAGCAGUGCCAGCCCGGGGAGGGAGUCAUCAAGCCAUGUGGAGCAACACAGACUGUCUGUGCCGCAUGCGUCGACAGUGAGACGUUUGCGGAGAACUUAAGCCACAACGAGACGUGCCAGCCGUGCACCCGCUGCGUGGGCCUCCUCCGCAUGCAGACGCCCUGCACCGACUCCAACGAUGCCAUCUGUGUUUGCGACUACGGCUACUACCUCAACGAGCUGUCCAGCCAGUGUCAGAGCUGCACCAAGUGCCCUGAGGGCCAGGGCAUGCUGUACAGCUGUGAACACGACCGCGACACCGUGUGCGAGGAGUGCACCAGAGAUACGUACUCUGACCAAGAGAGUUCGCGGGAGCCCUGCCUGCCCUGCACCAUCUGCGACGAGGACGACGAGCUGGAGAUCAAGGCCUGCAACUCCAUCAGUGACACCGUUUGCCAAGAUCUGAACCCGCCGCUCUUCUCCUCCAUCUCGCCCCCUCCCUCUGGGGGCUCGUCCCUGCCCUCGUUCACUGACGAUGACGCCCUUUUCCCCUACGGCCCCACGGAGACCGCCACCACCACCACCACUACCAGUACAAUCAAGUUCAUAGGCGACGAGCUGAACAAGAACCUCAUCCCCAUUUACUGCUCCAUCUUGGCAGCCGUUGUGGUGGGCCUCGUAGCCUUCAUCGUCUUUAAGAGGUGGAACAGCUGUAAGCAGAACAAGCAGGGCGCCAACAACUGCACAGCAAAUCAGAACCAGACUCCUUCGCCGGAGGGGGAGAAGCUGCACAGCGACAGUGGCAUAUCGGUGGAUAGCCAAAGCCUACAGGAGCAGCAAGGCCAGGGGCAGACUCAGGCACAGACAGUGGUCACUGUGGAUGAGGAGCCUUGUCUGCUCCUUCCCCUCCACACGCGAGAGGAGGUUGAGAAACUACUCUACAGGGGUGGAGAAGGGGAGGGCUACGACCACACGGAGGACAGAGAUUGGUGCAGCCUGGCAGGGCUGCUGGGAUACCAGGAAGAGCGCAUCGCCACAUUCCGGCAGCAGGAACAUCCAAUCCGUGCACUGCUCUCUGAUUGGGCGAGCCAGGAUUGCGCCAGCCUGGACACGCUCUGCACGGCGCUGUGCAAGAUCAACCGCGAAGACAUCGCACAGAGCCUCGUGCUCAGCCCCAACACCGUCAAACCCACUGCCACAUCUGCAGUGUGACCAUUUGACCAUUACCGCCAAUGCUACGAAAACAUCACAGCCAAACCCCCCCCCCCCCCCCCCCCCACCCCCCCACAGUCCAUCCAUACUGUGACUAUUUAACCGACUACACCAACCAUCUGAGCAAUUACACCAAUGCCAAACCAUGCAGAUCGGCAAACCAAAGUCUGAUCAUCCACACCUGAUGCCAAAACUACUCCUAUCAAUCCACCAAGACUCGGCCCAGACCUAAAUCGAACAUUUCUGCGAGACUUCGGCAGCCACUGCAUCCCUUACCGCCUUUAUGGUCCUUCCUAAGCGUGCCGCAUCGUGUGAAACCUAUCGCUUCCAAUUCCACUUGUGAACCUAUGUCAAACUCUGUGGCUGGUGCACUUUCAAGAUACACAAACCCAUGAUGGUCAACUGUGGCCUUGUAACCAUACUACUGGAUGUUCCACUGUGUCUUCAGUGUGCCCAAAACAGUCAGGCACCAUUUUGCUCUGCCCUCUCACUAACCCGGAAGUAGCAAAAGGCUACAAGACUCUGGGGAUUGAGGUUAAUUUUCAUUUUCUGUGCUUCUCUUAUGACUGAACUAAUUGUUUUCAUCCAUUCCUCACUUGCAACACAGAACUCUGGCUUGUGGUGCCUUGAUGAACAUCCCUUGGCAUUCAACACGUACAGCAAGGUACUACUAUUCUUUCAUUUCAUUUUUGUUGUUCUGUACUACCAAAGCCUAGCUUAUCAACCAUACCUAUACCUAUUAUAAUAUCUGAACAUUAAAUUGUUUGUAAUUUAUUGGCAAAAUAUUCCAUUAUUUGUGACCAUUUGCUAGUCAAUCAAUGACUGUCGGUCAAAGCUGAAUGGUGGUCAUUUUCAGCAGAGAUCAAGGACUGGAAAGAUAUAACGAGCUAGACUACAAAAGGUUAGCACUAAAUCCAAACCAAUUCUUAUGUGAAAAAAGCUAAUGACAUAUCAACCUGCAUCGUCGCCUCUAUUAUUUUCAACACAUUGAUAUGGAGAAGCUCAAUUAUUUGAGCCGUUUCCUCCAUAAUAUUUUGUGAAAUGAAAUAUUAAGGAGAAAUAUCCCCUUUCAAACUUAAGUUAUCGUAUGCAUUAUUAUUAUUUCUUUAGACCUGACAUAGGAACAGUUCCCAGUAUGUAUAUAUCUACUGGAACAAAGUCAGAGUAGUGGACUGGCUGACCUGUGCUGCCUAACAUGGUAGUCUGUGGAGCAGGCAACCUGACUCCAGCUUCUAUCUGGCCAGGCCCAUCUGCAUAACACUGGGGCUCUCACACUAGGCCUAUACUCUGACCUAGAUAGAAAAGGACUAGGAAUUUAAAACUCACUCACACAUAUAGGCCUAUCUACACACACAAACAUCCAUGAAUGCACGCACACACACACACACACGCACACGCACAAAUCUACACACACUUACAUACACACGUACACAAACACACAGAUGCAUGCAUGCAUGCCAGUAUCCACACACAUGUAUGCAUACACAUACUGUAUAAAAUAACAAACAAACAAAAAAGCCUGUGCUGUGUCAAUCAAGUGUUGUGUCAAUGAUAAGGGACCACAGGACCAAGGUCAUUGGACAUGAACAUACACCCUUUCAGGGACCACAUGCAGGACACCUUAUCGGACAUGAUGGACGUCGGCCAACUUGCAGUCAAAAAUAUUGCAGUCAUUCACACCACAACUGGAAUCUGUAUAAAUCAUGUAAUCCUUUCCCGUGAGGUCAUCCACUGCUGUGUUAGCAAGAGGAACAGCAUGUACACACUAGCGAGUCAUAUAACCGAUACACAUCAUAUUCAAAAUGCACAUACAAGUACUGUACAUAAAAUAACUUACGACUGAACAACUAGCCAUUAUUUCAGGCUAAGAUAUACAAAUCCAGGGUUAUCUAUUUCUGUUUAGUUUCUCAGGGUCUUUUGUGUGGCUUUAGUGAUUAGCUGGAUGUUUGUCUAAUGUUGUUUCCUUUUCCUAAUCAACGCUCAGACAACCUGAAUUAGUUGUGUAUAGGUUGAGGAAGGUGAGGGAGGCCUUGUGGAGGGAUCCAACACUAGCUAGUGUUUCAGGAAAGGCCCUUUGUAGAACUUACUCAGGCAAUGAUAUCAGUGGCGUUUCAGGUUGUCUUUCUAUGCAGUCGCGCUGCUCGGAGGAUCAGAUCUCACAUUGCCUGGAAAAGUGUUUAAAUGUUUAAAGUAGCAGGGACCAUAUUCAUAUGAUAUCUAGUAGGGGACUGCCAAAAAGACGACCCGGUGGCCAUUGUGACUGACAAUCCUUCAGACAAAAGAAUAGGGAUGGACGCAGAUCAGAGGAAAAACAGGGGUGUCUAGUUUCCCCAUUGUUCACGACAACAACCUUCGAAUGAAAGGCUAGUCCUUAGAGAUCGGAGACGAGCAAUACGGGAGGACUUCCAACCACUGAGAGUUGAAAAGAUGAAAAGAAGCAUGCCAAUUAGACCUUUUGGUAACAGGUUACUUAAAGCUGACGGGUAUAAUGCAUUAAGAUGUGGUUAUAAUGCAUUGUAAAAAUUGCUAUAGGCAUUUAUGUCCCACUUAUAAUGUCUUAUUGUCAUGCCAUGGUACCUACAUAUUAUAAGCCUCAUAAGCCUCAUUGUAUGCUUAUAACAAGUAAUAAAGCACUAUACGUGUUAGCUCAAAAUAAAAAUGUUAGCACAUCGGUGCAUUCAUAAAGCCUUCGUAAAUGCUUCAAAAUGUGUCGUAGGCAUGCAUAACCAUUACAGGCAGCUAUGAAUUAAGAACUGAGGGGGGUGUUCCCUUAUUUUUGUUGUGCUUUGUGGGGUCAUAUAUUUCUUAGCUUAUUUGAGGGUUAAAAUGCCAAUGCAUGCUUAUAACAAAUGUAAUUGCAGCAUAAUACAGCCUAAAGUGAAGCGUAUCCCCAUUUAUUCUCAUUGUCAACUUGAUUUUUUUUAUAUAUAUAUUUUUUUUUCAAUUUCACAUUGGGAAUUUUUUUUGGGGGGGGGACAGGGGUUGAAUGACAGGAGUUUGGAGGAAGUAACAGUGGUCGCUUGCUUUCUGUCCAUCAUUUAAUGCAAAGAGAUCUGUUAGGGCUGUCGUGUUAAAUUCUGGCAUUACUGACAUAUAGGUAGGUUCAAAGAGAGUGAAGACAAUAUUCAUGCUUUGCUGGACUUGAACCAGUCUAUGUCACAGAAUUGAUCCACGCCUGGUUUAGCUUGCUACUGCAAGAGUCUGGCCUGAGUCUAUAGGCACACGUGCCUAUUGUAAGUACUGUACAGCACGUUUCACCGAUAGUUUACUGAUCUUAGUUCAGUGGCUAAAUUACGAACAAAGGUAUUCUCAAGGGUUUUCAUGUGUUACUAGCAGUAAUAAACGGUAUUAUAGGUUAGAUUGUAGAGCACCGUAUGUAUUCGACAUCACAAGUGACCUGGGAAAUGUUUCAGGUCCCUGAUGAUGAUGUUGUGUUUGUUUUGUAUGUAUUUUUAUUUGAUUUUGAUAAGUGUUCAUUUGAAGUUUGUGUUUUUGAGCCCUCAAGGCUUAUCGUAAAAUAUCAUGGUCCGACAGGACUUCUGACUCAGAUGCAGUCUCUAGAGUCGAUCGACAGUGACUCAAUCCCACUUUACCUCAAUGACCUGACUCUAAAGAAAUAGAAUAUUUGGCCCAAAUGGUUUCACUGUAUGCCUUAGCCACAGUCAGUAGGACACAAAUUAAGCAUAGUCCUGAACUAAAAAGCUAUUUCAAA